AUGGCUGUCGACAAGCCCGUCCCGGCCGUUGAGCCCAAGAGCGUAAAAUUUGCGAUUGAUCGUGGUGGAACGUUUACAGAUGUCUGGGCAUCCAUUCCUGGCCGUGAUGAUAUCGUGAUCAAACUACUGUCUGUCGAUCCCGCCAAUUAUGAUGAUGCGCCAUCGGAAGGCAUUCGGCGCGUGCUGGAACUCGUGUCGUCGUCGCCCAUCCCCAGACAUACACCUAUUCCCAAGGAUCUUAUUGAUUCCAUCCGAAUGGGCACUACAGUAGCAACAAAUGCGCUUUUGGAAAGAAAAGGCACUCGACAUGCAUUUGUCGUGAAUGAAGGCUUUGGCGAUCUGCUCGAUAUCAGCUACCAAUCCCGUCCGAAACUAUUCGAGCUGGGUAUCCGCAAGCCGGAACUUCUCUACGACGAGGUCGUCACCAUCUCGGAACGGCUCACGGUCGAGCAGUUCGACGAAGACGUCAACCGAGCUAGCAAGCCUCCAUUGGUCGAAGUUCCCGGUGAGCUCGUGAGGGGAAGCACUGGUGAUAUGCUGCGCAUUAUCCGCCCUCUAGACGAGACCGAGGUACGCACCAAGCUGGCCGCAGUCAAGGAUAGGGGCAUCGAGACCCUGGCGAUAUGCCUGGCGCACUCGUAUCUGUAUCCCGCGCACGAGAACCGCGUCGCCGAGAUUGCCAGAGACAUGGGAUUCAGCCACGUCUCGACCUCGUCGUCGGUGGGUUCCAACAUGAUCAAAAUGAUCUCUCGAGGCAGUUCCGCGUCGGCCGACGCUUACUUGACCCCAGAGAUUGUGCGCUACGUCUCGGGCUUUGCGCAGGGCUUUGCCGGCGGGAAUCUCGAUGGCGUUCGUUGCGAGUUUAUGCAGAGCGAUGGAGGUCUGGUCAGUCACAAGAACUUUAGUGGUCUGAGGGGCAUCCUGAGCGGUCCGGCUGGAGGUGUUGUGGGAUAUGCCCGUACAUCAUAUGAAGGGAAAUCUCCCGUGGUGGGAUUCGACAUGGGAGGCACCUCAACAGAUGUAAGCCGCUUUGGCGGCUCAUUUGAGCAUGUCUUUGAGACCACUACUGCUGGUGUUGCCAUCCAAUCCCCGCAACUUGAUAUCAACACGGUCGCUGCUGGUGGUGGCUCAAUGCUGUUCUGGCGGGAUGGCCUCUUCAAAGUUGGACCAGACAGUGCUGGUGCCCAUCCUGGGCCGGCGUCUUACCGGAAAGGCGGGCCCUUGACAGUGACUGAUGCAAAUCUCUUCCUGGGACGGUUAAUCCCAGAGUACUUUCCCGCCAUCUUUGGUCCAAACGAGGAUCUUCCCCUUGACUUUGACAUUGUCAAGGAGAAAUUUGAACAACUGACAGAGCAGAUCAACCGAGAUACCGGUCGCUCAAUGAAACCGAUAGAGGUGGCGCACGGCUUCGUAGACGUUGCCAAUGAGUCCAUGUGCCGACCCAUCCGAGCCUUGACGGAAGCUCGCGGAUAUGAAACCAGCCAACACAACCUGGCCACGUUUGGCGGCGCCGGCGGUCAGCAUGCUUGUGAGAUUGCGCACAAGCUCGGUAUCCAGCGCAUCAUUAUACAUAGAUACUCGAGCAUCCUGUCCGCGUACGGCAUGGCCCUCGCCGAGGUCGUACAGGAAGCCCAAGAGCCUAGCUCAGAGACUCUGUCCAAUGAUGCAUUGGCCAGGCUGGAGGGCAGAAUGGCCGAUCUAAAGACGAGAAUCACAGAUGGAUUGAUCGGCCAAGGCAUACAAGAAGGAUCCAUUGAGCAUGUUGCUUACCUCAACCUGCGGUACCAUGGAACAGAGACAAAUUUCAUGAUCCCCUCGCCCGCUGACGGAGAUUGGAGAUCUGCAUUCGAACGAGAGCACCUCCGGGAUCUGUCUUUUAUCUUCCCAGCGGAUCGAAAGGUACUUGUGGACGAUGUGCGUGUUCGAGGUAUCGGCAAGAGCAAAGAAGUCAGCCAGGGCAAUGAGCAGCUCGUGUCUGACCUCAAGUUCACCACCUUUUCAGCAGUAAACACCGGAGAAGACAAGACUGUCGAUGCGUAUUUCUCCAAUGGAGGUACACAACCAACCAAAGUCUUCCGCCUAGGCAAUCUAGCGUCAGGAAGCGUUGUGGACGGACCAGCCAUCAUCAUUGACAGCACGCAAACAAUUGUCGUAAUUCCAACUGCACAAGCCCGUAUCCUGAGCUCCCAUGUAGUCAUUGAUCUCCAGAGUGAGAAGGGCCGUCAGGAUGAGGAAGAGCAGCAACUGGUUGUCGAUCCCAUCAAGCUCAGUAUCUUUGGCCACAGAUUCAUGAGCAUUGCGGAACAGAUGGGCAGGACACUUCAAAAGACCAGUUUAUCCUUGAACAUCAAGGAACGACUGGAUUUCUCUUGCGCAAUAUUCAGCCCUGAUGGUGAGCUAGUUGCAAACGCGCCACACGUCCCAGUCCAUUUGGGAAGUAUGAGUUACGCGGUGAAAUACCAACAUAACUUGCACAUGGGAAAUCUGCGACCCGGAGACGUUCUGGUCUCGAACCACCCAGAAUCAGGUGGCACGCACUUACCAGACAUCACUGUCAUCACACCCGUUUUUGAUACUGAAGGCAAGACAAUCUGUUUUUACACGGCCUCAAGAGGUCAUCAUCUCGAUAUUGGUGGAUAUCGAGGCAACUCUAUGCCGCCUGACUCGACGGAGCUGUGGCAGGAAGGUGCUGCUAUUAGAUCAUUCUUCUUGGUCAGGGACAAUCACUUUGACGAAGAGGGUAUCGUGCGCAUCCUCCUUGAGCCAGGCAAAUAUCCCAACUGCAGUGGAUCCCGCCGCCUCGGUGACAAUCUGUCCGAUCUCAAGGCCCAGGUGGCAGCAAACGCCAAAGGCAGUAACUUGAUCAACGCUCUGAUGGAAGAGUAUGGAAAGCACACUGUCCAUUUCUACAUGCGAAAGAUUCAAGAAAACGCCGAGGUUGCCGUCCGUAACUACCUCAAGUCGGCCCACAAGAAAUUCGGCUCCCAGCCCCUCAAGGCCAAGGAGUAUCUCGACAAUGGCUCAAUGAUGCAAGUCGCCAUCACCAUUGAUGAAAGUGGGUUCGGCACCUUUGAUUUUGCCGGCACAACUUGCGAGAUGUUGUCGAAUAUGAAUGCUCCCCCAGCCAUUACCUACUCAGCCUUGAUCUACACGCUGCGUCUGCUCAUUGGUUCAGACAUCCCCCUGAACCAAGGCUGCUUGGCCCCGACAAAGGUAAUCCUGCCCAAGAACUGCUUCUUGAACCCCAGUACCGGGCCCGCCGUCUGUUGCGGAAACACCCUCACAUCGCAACGUCUAGUUGAUCUCUUCCUCAAGGCCUUUAGGGCAGCCGCCAACAGCCAAGGAUGCAUGAACUGCUUUGGAUUCUUUGGCAACUGCAUCUCGGAGAGCGGCGAGGAGGAAUCGGGCUUUGGCUUUGGCUACGGCGAGACCAUCUGCGGCGGCGAGGGUGCCGGCCCGUCCUGGCACGGCGCCAGCGGCGUCCAGAUCCACAUGACCAACACGCGGACCACGGACAUUGAGAUCAUUGAAAAGCGGUACCCGGUGCUCCUACGCGAGUUUUCCAUACGCAAAGGCAGUGGCGGGCGCGGCCGGUUCCGCGGCGGCUGUGGUGUCAUCCGCGACUGGGAGUGUCGUCAUCCAUUGACUUUUGGUCUCAUCACUGAGCGCCGGGUUCACCAACCAAACGGCAUGUUUGGCGGCGAGAAUGGAGAGUCGGGCGCCAACUAUUGGGUCCAGAAGACGGAGGAUGGCGGGGAGAGAUGGAUCAACAUUGGCAGUAGAGGUCAGGUGGACAUGAAGGAAGGCGACCGGUGUGUGAUACACACUCCUGGUGGUGGAGGUUGGGGAAUAUCGGAAGAGGAUGAGGAUGCUACGGAGCGGGUGGCCACGAUGACUUCGGAAGCCAGUCAGAUCGCCUAUCCUCGCGCAACGGGUAGUUUUCAUGCUUAUGCGGCUGCCCAAGAAGCGUCCUCUUAG